AUGGACGCGCCUCAGGUGCAGGUUGGAGUGCCUGAAGACACUCAGAAUGUUGUCAACACAGCGAACAAUGACCGGCAAACCCCACAGAACACGAGCAGUCCUAAAGCCAAUAUAAACCCAAUAUUUGGCGCAGUGAUCGAAAAUCGGACAGAGUCGACCCAAGAUAUCGAUCUCCCAGACGCGCGCCCAACUGAGCCAGAAACGAAAAUAGUCCCCCCCAAAAGAAACCCGGGCCUCCAGUUCCUUGACUAUCUAACAUCACCGAUUGUGGAACUCAUCGUUGGGACUGGAGACACGAAAACUACCUUAUCAGCACACCAAAGCUUGCUUUUGGAGUCACCCUCGCUCGCAGAAAAAGUCGCAGCUUUCAAAGAAUUGGGUCUACGGCGCAUUGAGCUCCCGGAUGAAAAUGUAGAAGCCUUCGGCUACUUCCUCCAAUUCCAGUACACUCGCGACUAUUCGGCCUCCCAAUCUGAGUCGCCUACCGAGCAUGAAGCAGUUAUAGGUGAGAUAGAUAAUAGCGGAGAGCAAUUGUUAAAACACGCCCGAGUCUACACCUUGGCGGAAAGACUGGGGAUCCCAUCGCUCAAGACACUAGCGCACUCAAAGAUACACCGCAUCAACAGCACCUCUCAUGGAGAAAUUGCAUAUGCGCGCUUUGUCUACACCAAUACGCCUGUUGAUGAUGUGACAAUUCGGAAGCCCGUGGCUACUUUCUGGGCCCUGAGAAGUCAUGUUUUGCGGCAUGAAGCGGAAGAGGAGUUCAGGAGCUUGUGUAUUGAAGUACCCCAGUUCUGCUUCGAUGUUCUCAGUCUCGUCCUCGACCAGAAAGAGAAACGCGCACAGGAUAAGGCAGAGUCCGAGUCUGCCGUGAAAGGGAGUGGGAGGAAACGACUUAGGAGUGGUCUGUAG